GAGAGAUUUUGGAUUGCAGAAGAAAGAAAACGACGACGAUUUGUGAGCUGUACUGAACAGUCUGAAUACUAGAGUGAGCACACGGCGAAGAAAGAAAAAACGCGAGUGUGGAGAGUGCGUGUGUGCUUUUCGAACGAAAAUUUUCGGUUUUCCGUGGUGGAAAAGUGCAAUUUUCCAUCGUUCCCACUCGCGAAAAGUAAUUCCGUUGUCGAGCACGGUGGCCACGUCGUCCGUUUCGGGAGUGCAAUCGGGCCGGAAAGGGCGAGAAUUACGGAUUUCGGUUCCGAACCUUCCUCCUCCCUCUCUGUCUCACUCACGCCAACGUAGUCAAGAAGCAGCAGCCAACGGUGCAAGCAAGCUAGCAAGUGUUGACCAGGAAGGAGGAGAAGGGCAGAAGUGCUCUGCCGUUUGAAGGUUUUUUUUUUCGUUUCGUUUUUUCUUCCUCUUAAGAUUUUCUCUGCCCCGUCCUCGAUUGCCUGACGGAGUUUCUGGUGAAAAAAAAAUCGCUGAAACACGACAAGGGGAAGAAAAUUUUUGAUAUUUUGUGCCUGAAUGCAGUGAAUACGCAAAAGAGGAAGAAUUGAAAAGUUUUCGAAGCAUUUUUGUGGUUUGUUUCGGUGGAGGAUCCUCCGGAUUAAAAAGGCCACCAAACAAAAAUUGGUGCAUCCUCUGUAAGAGAAGUAGUAAAUAAACGUCGAGUUGGAAAAAAAGUGAUUCAAAAUGAACGAGUUCAUUGUGGCUGGAAAGUACCGGAUCAUUCGGAAAAUUGGAUCCGGCUCAUUCGGUGACAUUUACCUCGGAAUCAACAUAACCAAUGGAGAAGAAGUGGCACUCAAGAUGGAAAGUCUGACAGCACGGCAUCCACAGCUAAUGUACGAAUACAAGCUGUACAAGGUACUGAUGGGUGGUAUCGGUAUUCCACACAUCCGUUACUUUGGCCAAGAACGGAAUUACAAUGUGCUGGUGAUGGAUUUACUAGGGCCCUCGCUGGAAGACUUGUUCAACUUCUGUAGUCGCCAUUUCACGAUCAAAACGGUACUCAUGCUGGUCGAUCAGAUGAUUGGUCGUCUAGAAUUCCUCCAUAUGAAAAACUUCAUCCACCGGGACAUCAAACCGGACAACUUUCUGAUGGGUAUCGGUCGACACUGUAAUAAACUGUUCAUGAUCGAUUUCGGACUAGCGAAAAAGUAUCGAGAUUUCCGGUCGCGUGUUCACAUCUUGUAUCGGGAAGACAAAAACCUAACGGGUACGGCUCGUUACGCCUCGAUCAAUGCCCACCUCGGAAUCGAACAGAGUCGUCGGGACGACAUGGAAUCGCUCGGUUACGUGAUGAUGUACUUCAACCGGGGCUCGCUACCGUGGCAGGGACUGAAGGCGACCAACAAGAAACAGAAGUAUGAAAAGAUCUCCGAGAAGAAGAUGUCCACCCCGAUCGAGCUGCUCUGCAAGGGUUUCCCGGCGGAGUUUGCGAUGUAUCUCAACUACUGUCGCAGUUUGCGGUUCGACGAAGGACCGGACUAUAUGUAUCUGAGACAAUUGUUUAGAAUCCUGUUCCGUACGCUCAAUCAUCAGUACGACUACACCUUUGACUGGACGAUGCUGAAACAGCGAGGGAUCCUGAAAAGUGGCACCAAUGCAUUGCCUCAUGCAACUGGCGAAGGCAAUCGCGAAGAACGGCGUGAUAAGGAUAAGCAACCUACUGAAACUGAGAAAUAGAAAUUUUAAAAUUCUUUUUUUAUGUGUAAAAUAUAUAAUAUUACUAAACUUGAGUAAACUUGAGGAAGCAAGAAAGGAAGAAACCGAAACGAAGCAAAACAUGAAUAAUGUAGCCGCAAAUCAGUGGACAAAAGGAAAGGAAAGAGUAAGAAGAGUCAGCCAGCAAACACAUGCUAGUGAUCGCAGCGCAAUGCAGAGUAAGUGAACGAUGAGAAGGCAUCGUAUUGAAGGAAGGAUUCUGUAAACCUUUGGUACAGCUAGACAGACACACUUGGAUUACACACCGAGUGAAAUGGGAAUUUGUGUUGAUGAAAAAAUAAAACAAAAAAGGAAGAAAACAAAACAUUAGCGAACUCUAACUUUAAUUAAACAAAAGUAUGUAUAAUUAAUAAUAAUAUUAGUAAUUUAAAUACUGAUUAGAAGAAAGCGCCGAGAUUUGUGAGCUGCGAAUGCAGGACCGUGCGAAUACUAAUAAAAAAAAACAAAAGAACUGCACUUCCCAGUCGGGCGUUCUUGCAUUCGCGGUAGGCACUACAGUUUCUCACAAACAAAUGACACGAAACGCGUGCAAAACCCACGGUCGUAAAGGACGAUAACUGUUUUUUUGUUUGUCACGGUAUUCCCUUCGGCUCCCUUUUCUAAAUAUUCGUAGCCAUGCAUACUGAGGCAUACUGAAGAAGCACUCACACAUACACACAAAACAGACACACCAACACAUCGAUCAAUAUACCACACAAUAGGAGCGUUUCUCUCGUGUGUUGGACAUCACAGCCGACGAGAAUGUUUCUUUGGAACACAGGUGGGCUGUCCUGUGCCAAUAAUGCGAGACUCAACUCAACCCGGAAACGAUGUGGGACCGAGACAAAUGUUGCGUAUUCAUUAAUUAUUCAGUUAGUUUUUAGUAGAAAACACUCAUUUUCAUAUUUCUCUUCCUUCGAACUCUUGGUAGCAACAAAGAAAUGAAUGAAAAUACUGAAACAAUAAUAAGUGGUAAAUGAUCACAGCCAAUACAACAAAUAAAGAAAAAGAAAAAUGAAACAAUGUUCGAUUGUAGGAAAAAAUAAAACAGUCCCUCAUUCAUUAAAUUAAAAAACAAACACGAGAACGAAAUGCCGUUACUAUCUAAUAACCCCACAACAAAAUAGCACAUCCAUGGUCGUUCCUGAAUCACUAUCAUUAUUGUCCUUUGCCGACAUUACUUUCAUGUUUUGUUAGUUACUGUUUUCACCACUGCUAGAGUUUAGUUUACCCACACUGCGUGGAUGUGCCGCAGUAGCAGCUUUUCGCAUAUGAUUCAACCCACUCUUUCUGAUUGAGUAAAGCAAAACAAAAAAAAAUCAUGAAGUCAAAAUAUGUUAGAUUAACAAACAAAAAAAUACGAGAAAAUUAUAAACUAAUCGAAUAUAUUAUCAGCAAAAAACAAAUUAAGUGUAAAUAUAAUGAAGAAUGAAAUGAACAAACAAAAUAAAGAAACGACAAAAUGCAAGAAAAACAUGUUGGAAAGCAAAAAAACAUAAAACGUUCAGGAACUUCGCAACGGUUAGAAAUCCCGACCGAAUGAACCCCCUAACUGUAACAAAACAACAACAACAAAAAAAAAGAAAAUAAUACAAUAAAAAUUGGAAGCUGCACACUUUUUUUAAAAAUAAUUAUAACCCAAAUCGCAACCAAUAGCUCUACCGACUAUGAUAUUGUUUAUUGAAUUGGGGCUGCAAAAUGACCGAGUCUGAGCUUUGAAACUCCAAACUGACUUUUGGAAAAUCGGGGCUUCCGCGAGGGUUGGCUCUGGAGAAUUGAAACUUUUCCCACAAACACAAUACAAAAUCUAAUGAAAUGAUGAACAAUUGACAAGACACGAAAAAGGUAAACAAUAUGCGGUAACAGCGAAGACUAUGAGCAAACAAAAAAAAAAUGAUACAAGUAGUCGGAGUCGGGUGAGAAGAAAAGGAUGUAAGAGAAACUAAUGCAUCCGAAGUAGAAAUGGAUUAAUUACACUAGGAAAUAAUGAUUAUUUUUUUCUUGAAUGAAGAAUAAAAUGAUAGGUCGAUGCAGAAGCAAACAGUUAUGAAAUAAAGAGAACUAAACAAAACAAACAAAAAACCCCGCUA